CAUUGACGUGGCAUGUGCAACGAUUACUGUUCCACGUCCGCCAUUUUGACUCGUCCCGAUAAACAGGCAAGCGAGUAUUUCAUAAUUUUUAAAGCAUACGCUCGCUGUAUAAGGCUUCAGAGAAGCGAGAACGAAAAGGAGGAUUUGUUUUCUUAAAUUACUUGCUUCUGACAACAGCCCACCAUGGGGAACAUAUUUAGCCAGCUGUUUAAGAGUUUAAUCGGCAAGAAGGAGAUGAGAAUAUUGAUGGUGGGGUUGGAUGCUGCCGGUAAAACUACUAUCCUGUACAAACUCAAAUUAGGAGAAAUCGUCACAACUAUACCCACGAUAGGUUUUAAUGUUGAGACUGUAGAAUAUAAGAACAUUAGUUUCACUGUGUGGGAUGUGGGUGGUCAGGACAAGAUCCGACCACUGUGGAGACAUUACUUCCAGAACACUCAAGGGUUAAUCUUUGUGGUAGAUAGUAAUGACAGGGAGCGUAUCACAGAGGCCCGGGAGGAACUGACCAGAAUGCUUAAUGAGGAUGAACUUAGAGACGCUGCACUUUUAGUUUUCUGUAACAAACAGGAUCUGCCAAACGCUAUGAACGCUGCCGAAGUAACAGACAAGCUCGGACUUCACAGUCUGAGGAACCGAUCGUGGUACAUCCAGGCUACCUGCGCCACCAGCGGAGACGGAUUAUACGAGGGGCUCGACUGGCUCUCCAACACGCUAAAGAACAGCAAACAGUAAUAACAGUGCCGACUAGAUCACACAGAAGGGGGAGAUAAUUAACAAACAAAAACAAACUGUAUACGUGGAGGGUGUGUAAUGCGUCCACGGUAAUGGAGAAGAUAUUUAUUGUAACGAGGACUUCUCUGGCCUUGUUUUAGUGUAAUAUUGUACAGACAGCCCGAGCCUGACUCUUGUGUUUACGUGUUUUAUUUCUCCAUUAUCGACGGACAGAGUAAGCGGACUGACAUCUUCCUGGUACGAUGUGGUAUAUAUAUAUUAAAGUAUGGACUUUUUUUUUUUGAUGUUUAGUAUGAAUUUUUUUUUUUUAGCUCACCUGAGCCAAAGGCUCAAGUGAGCUUUUCUGAUCACAAUUUGUCCGUUGUCUGUCGUUGUCGUCGUUGUCGUUGUCGUCGUUGUCGUUGUUAACUUUUCACAUUUUCAUCUUCUUCUCAAGAACCACUGGACAGAUUUCAACCAAAUUUGGCACAAAGCACCACUAGGUGAAGGGGAUUCAAGUUUGUUCAAAUGAAGUGCCACGCCCUUUUUAAAGGGGAGAUAAUUGAGAAUUAUUAAAAAUUUGUUGGUAUUUUUCAAAAAUCUUCUUCUCAAAAACUAUUCAGCCGGAAAAGCU